ACAUUUUAGAUUGUAAUUUAACGUUCAAAUCUAGUUCAAAUGAGAUUUGAUUCAAACAUGAUUUCAUGAAAACUCAUCAUAAACAUCACGUAAAAACAUAACAGAAGACAUGAGACGGUCUUGUAAUUUAUAGAAUUGAUUCAUUUUCGCUUUCUCUCGUUUUUUUUUUCUUUCUUUCCACAGCGUGAAUAUAUACUUGUUUCAUUUUAAGUACAGCACUUUUAGUAAAGAAAGUACAAUUGGGCAGAUCUACUGUCAAUCGAUCAGCUGAUGAAAGAUAGUGCCAAACGAAUCAUGCGACGAUUCACGCAUGGCAUUGAGAAUUGACAGUUGAUCAGCCGGAAACACAUGCUUUUGGAUCAUAUAUCAUAUCGAUGUUGAUUAAAUGGCUCGCUAUACGCAAAGAUCAUUACUUUAUUGAAUAUGAAAAUAAUAAUUAUAUAUAUGAUAUUUUAAUCUCAAGCUGAAAAAAGAAUAAUUCAAGAAAAAAUUGGUCUACAAUUCUCUUCGUAGCGUAAUGAAACAUGCAGGCUUCAUUGUCGACUCAAACAAUUGGCUGUAUUGGAAAAUGUACAACUGGUUUGACAGCUGAAGAGUUAGAUCAAAUUACAGAUAAUAUAAAUAAGACUUUAUCUCAUCCAAAGGGCAGACAAAUUUUUGAAAGGUACCUCCAAAGACGCAAUCUUCGAAGUAGUCUGGAGUGUUUAGAAUUAUAUAAAACUUGUUCAGAGUUUCUCGCUAAGGAAUUGACUCAAUCGCAAUCAAAGGACUCCGAUUUAGUAUCUCUAACUAUAGAUGUGACAACAGUGAGGGAAAUUGCUGAAGAUCUGGAUGGUAUUCCACAAAUAGACAUGGCACUUAUGGAACGGUUUAACGAGGCCUUAACAAACAAAACCAGAGAAGCAUUACUUGCUAUAUUGGAAGAUACCAGAGAUCGAUCACGAGAUUAUUUAAGAAACGUACAUCAAAGUUUUAAAAAAUACAUUUCAGAACCAUGUCCAAUAAGGAAAUAGCAUUAUAUUAUAUAAAUAUGUUUGAGCAUAAAUAUAUGCUCAAAGCAUUUAAAGAGUUUUAAAUGCUUUGAUAUAAUAUUUGCACUGCAUAAAUCUGUGAUGUACAUUUUUAUUUUCAUACAUGAUAAGUGUAUCUCCAUUCAUAUACGACUUACAUAGUAUUUGCUGUCCAAAGAUGUAUUUAAUACCAAAAGAUAGUGUGUGUAUGUGUAUAGAAUAGAAAUGUUUAAACAUCAGAAAAAGUAAAUUAAGGCUGCAGGGUUAGAUUAUAUAUAAAGUUAUACAGAGCACGCAACGCGAUUAACGGUAAUAAGGGCUUUGAAUUAUUUAUGAUACUAUAUUUUACAAUAACAUAAAAUACAAAAAAUUAAUAAAACAAUAUCGUUAACAAG